AUGAGAAAUCACACAGCAAUAACCACUUUCAUCCUUCUGGGGCUUACAGAUGACCCAAAUCUGCAGAUUCUGCUUUUUGUAUUUCUACUUAUCACCUACAUGCUGAGCAUUAUCGGAAACCUAAUAAUCCUGCUCCUCACAUCAGUGGAUUCUCGCCUUAAAACUCCAAUGUACUAUUUUCUUCAAAAUUUUUCCAUCUUAGAAAUUUUGUUUACCUCUGUUACUAUUCCUAGAUUCAUAUACAGUCUAGCAACCGGUGACCAAACAAUUGCCUAUUAUACUUGUGCAUUUCAAUUAUUUUUUGGAUAUCUCUUUGGUGUAACAGAAUUUUUCCUCCUGGCUACUAUGUCUUAUGAUCGCUAUGUAGCCAUUUGUAAGCCUCUUCACUACAUGACCAUCAUGAGUCACCGUGUGUGCAAAAGACUUUAUUCCUUCUGUUGGUUUAUAACAUUGUUAAUCUUAAUUCCACUUUUUAUCUUGGUAAUGGGACUAGAAUUCUGUGAUUGUAAUGCCCUUGAUCACUUCAUUUGCGAUGCUAAUGCUUUUAUAAGUAUCUCGUGUUCCAAUACACAGUUUCUAGAGAAGUUGGUUAUGAUCUGUGCUGCAUUUAUACUCAUUGCCACUCUCAUGUUUGUGGUUUGGUCGUACACUUGUAUCAUUCAAACGAUUCUUCGAUUCCCCUCUGCACAGCAAAGGAAAAAGGCAUUUUCUACCUGUUCCUCCCACAUGAUUGUAGUUUCCAUAACUUAUGGCAGCCUUUUCUUUAUCUAUAUCAAACCUACGGCAAAAGAUGAAAUGAGCAUUAAUAAGGGGGUUACAUUGUUAGCUACUUCUAUAUCCCCUAUGAUAAACCCUUUUAUUUACUCCUUGAGGAACAAACAAGUAAUACAAGCCUUUAAUGAUUUAGUUAAAAAACUUCUGUUCUCAAGGCAUUAG